AUGCUCCGUAUAGCUGUUCAGCCAUUCGCCAAGGGCGUCGCUGCCCAGACCCUGCUGCGUCAGUCGACCAAGGUCGCUGCCAGUAGCCGCGUCCUACCCCAGCUCGCAGCACCCUUCUCCACCUCUUCCUCGGUAGCCGAGAACAAGAAGAGGGCAGACAGGGUGCCUCACAUUGAUCAGAAGAUCACAGCAGAGUACCCGAACAUGAGUGGUCCUCAGCACACUACUGGACCGGAAUUCUACACGGGCGAUGAAGGUGUGCACGGACUGAGGACCCUCAAGAGCUUCUCCAUGGUUGGAAAGGUAUGUGUAGUCACUGGAGGAGCCAGAGGUCUAGGGAACCUCAUGGGCCGAGCCCUGGUCGAGUCCGGCUGCAACCAGCUGGCUAUUCUGGACCUCGACAAGGACGACUCUCAGGGCGCUGCCGAUGAAAUGGUCAAGUGGCUCGAAGGCACUGGUGGUGUCGAGCCAGGAUCCCUUGACAUCAGAGGAUUCGCUUGCGACGUUUCAAGAGAGGACAGUGUAGCGAAGGCCUUCAAUGAUGUAAAGGCAGCCUUCGGCAAGAUCCACGCCGUGAUCAACUCUGCUGGUAUUGUGGAGAACUUCCCUGCCCUCGAAUACCCGACAGACAGACUUUUGAAGCUCUACGGCAUCAAUGUCUUUGGCUCCCACUUCGUCUCUCGUGAGGCCGCCAAGCACAUGAUUGCCGACGACAUUCCCGGAAGCAUUAUUCUGGUCGCCUCCAUGAGUGGAAGCAUCGUCAAUGUUCCCCAGCCGCAAGCUCCCUACAAUGCCAGCAAGGCCGCUGUGAAGCACCUGGGUGCUUGCCUGGCAGUGGAGUGGGCACAGUACGGUAUCCGCGUCAACACAUUGAGCCCAGGCUACAUGUUGACCAGUCUGACGCAGCAGAUGUUCGACAGGAAUGCGGAUGGCAGGGAGUUGAAGAGCAAGUGGGAGAAUCUGAUCCCAAUGGGCAAGAUGGGAACCCCGGAUGACCUCAAGGGAGCUGCCGUGUUCCUGGCCAGCGAUGCCAGCCGAUACUCGACUGGCUCCGACCUGAUCGUGGAUGGUGGAUACACAGCAGUCUAG